ACUAAACUUUGCAGUUUAUUUCAUUAAAUAAAUCUAAUUAAAAUAUAAUUUUUUGUUAACAAAUAUUUGUUUUAAAGAUUUUUAAAUAAAAAUGGCAGAUAAUGAUAAAGAAAAGCCCACAUUUGGUAAAUUUUGUGGUAAUCAUUGGAAGGGUGUGUUUAGUAUUAUAGUACCUUUAAUUUUGUUACCCGUACCCCUGUUAAAUGAAGGACCGGAAUACCGUUGCAUGUAUCUGAUUAUGAUCUGCUGUCUUUAUUGGAUCACAGAAUGUAUUCCUCUAUAUGUUACAUCUUUAAUGCCCAUGUUUGCUUUACCCUUAUUGGGAAUUUUGGAUUCAGAGACCACUUGUCAGCAAUAUUUCAAAGACACCCUUGUCAUGUUUCUGGGUGGUUUAAUGGUGGCUUUGGCAGUGGAAUAUUGUAAUCUACACAAGAGAUUGGCCUUGAGAACCAUUUUAAUAGUGGGCUGCAGUCCUAGACGUUUGCAUUUCGGCUUAAUAUGUGUUACAAGUUUUAUAUCAUUGUGGAUUUCAAAUGCUGCCUCAGCGGCCAUGAUGUGUCCUAUAAUAAAAGCAGUAAUGGAGGAAUUGGAAACGAACAAUGUCAUUGAUGUGUACAUGGACGAAGAAGUGGAGCCUGCUGUUGAAGGCAAAAAACAUCCCUCAAAAAUUGCCAUGGGUUUCUAUUUUGGCGUGGCCUAUGCCUCAACUAUAGGCGGCUGUGGUACUCUUAUAGGCACCGGUACUAAUUUGACCUUAAAGGGGAUUUAUGAAAACCGCUUUCCCGAGGCCACCGACAAAAUCGACUUUCCCUCCUUUAUGGCUUGGGCUUUGCCCAUGGUAGUAGUGGAUACUUUACUUCUCUACAUCUGCUUGCAAAUAACUCACUUCGGGUUGUUUCGUCCCAAAAGCAAAGAGGGCUUAGAAGUGGCCAAAGGCACCUUGGCGGUUGACACUGUUAAGGCGGUAGUUUUGCAAAAAUAUGAUGAAUUGGGUCCCAUGUCGGUGCAUGAGUGGCAGGUGUUAUGGUGGUUUAUUUGCAUGGUUGUACUGCUGUUUACCCGGGCCCCAGGUUUUAUGCCCGGUUGGGGGGACAUUUUAAAUGCAGUUUCCAUACGGUCAUCCUGUCCGGUUAUGUUUGUGGUCUUGGCUUUAUUUAUGUUCCCCAUGACUUGCUUCUGCUGUAGCCAUCUUAAAUCGGAGGGCCCCUAUCCUACGGUGCGUGAAAAGGCCUUAUUAGCCUGGGAAUUUAUAAAUGCUAACACUCCCUGGGGUUUGGUGUUUCUAUUAGGCGGCGGUUUUGCUUUGGCCGAGGGCAGUCAAAGUAGUGGCAUGGCCAUGCUACUAGGUCGCGCUAUGACCUUUUUAUUGGAAUAUCCCGCCUUAGCUGUACAAAUGGCUGCCAUAGUGUUUGCCACUGUUUUAACCAACUUCAGCGCUAAUGUACCCAUUUGUAAUAUUUUAGUACCCAUUUUACAGGAAUUGGCUGUGGCCAUUAAAAUGAAUCCCAUAAUGUUGGUAUUUCCAGCUGGCAUUGCCUGUAGCAUGGCAUUUCAUUUGCCAGUGGGUACGCCAGCAAAUGCCAUUAUAGCUGGUUAUGCUGGGAUAAAAUCGAAAUAUAUGGCCAGUGCCGGUCUUUUACCCAGUAUUUUUACUAUGAUUAUGCUCUUGGUAAAUGUUCAAACCAUGCAUUAUAUUGUAUAUCCAAAUCGAGAAUUUCCAGAUUGGGCCAAAUCGGAUGCUGGUGGCGACAUGAACAAAAUGUUAGAACUUUAAUGUAUGUAAUGAUUUGAUUUUAUUUAUUUUCAUUGUUAUACUAUUUAAAUCCAAUACAGAUUGUUAAAUAAAUACCUAA